AUGGCAGGACUAGACGAAGAUACCAUAGACGAGAUCCUGUACCUGGCGCGAGCAAAUGAAGCGGGGGAAUUCGAAUCGUACGUCUCCGAAGUGUCCGUACAGACGAAGCGAUCCAAGGCAGACCUGUUGGCUGCGGCCAUCGACCCAUAUUCGAAGAAUAGCGCAUUGCACUAUGCCGCUGCCAACGGCCACACCGACAUUAUCAAGUUGAUCUUUUCAACGAGCGCCGACAAACCCGCCCCCGAGUUCCUCAAUGCAGCCAACGAAGCAGGCAAUACCCCCCUCCACUGGGCAGCGCUGAAUGGUCAUCUGGAAAGUGUAAAGAUGCUUGUCCAGUCUGGUGCUGAUGUCACCAUUAUUAACCGAGCGGGUCAUGACGCCGUCUACGAAGCGGAGAUCAACGACAAGAACGAAGUAGUGGAUUGGCUACUUGGAGCGGUGGAAGAAUUGGAAAAGGGUAUUGGACAGAGUGGCGAAGCAGAAGCCGGAGAGAAGACGGAAGAGGACAUGGCGGACACGGACAUGAACAGCGCCGAGGACAAGACUGCAUCGGCAGAAGGAAGUGCAUCCGUGGAGAAUGUCCAGAAGAAGAUGGAACAUCUCAGCACUUAG